AUGCCUGACCCCAGCAGAUACCAGCACCCCCUCCACAACCAAUAUUCUCCAGAAAAAGCACCCCACCAUGCCCCUGGGACCCCAGGGGCCGGGACACCAAAGCACCCCUCCACCCACCAAUGUUCUCCAGGGGACAAAGACACCCCACCAUGCCCUACCCCAGCACUCCCAGGCACCCGCCACAAACUAUAUUCUCCAGGGGACAAGACCCCACCCACCAUGCUGACCCCAGCAGACGCCAGCACCUCCACAACUAGUAUUUGCUCCAGGGGGACAAGACACCCCCCACCAUGCCCUGACCCCAGGGCAGGACGCCAGCACCCCUCCACACUAAUUAUUCUCCAGGGGCAAGACACCCACCAUCCUGACCCCAAGCAGGACCAGCCCACUCCACAACCAAUGUUCUCCGGGGACCCAAAGGGACACCCACCAUUGCUGACCCCAGCCAUGCUAGCCCCCACCCCUACACAACAAUAUUUCUCCGGGGGGACCAAAGACUUCCCACCAUGGGGCCCUGGACCCAAGCAGACACCCAGCAAACCCCUCCCACUGUAUUCCCUCCAGACCCAAGACACCCACCAUGCCCGGACCCCAGCACCCCCACCAGGGCAAACCCCUCCAGAAUAUUCUCCAGGGACAAGCACCCACCAUGCCCUGACCCCAGCAGACGCUAGCACCCUCCACUACUAG